AUGGCGACACUGCAGGACAAGGUGUACUCGCCUGCCUUUACAGGCCUGCUGAGUACAGUCGCCUUGGCCGGCGUCAUCGCGGGCUUGUGCACAGGCGCCUUCGAAACGCUCAGGCGGAUGCGCCGGAAAACGCCUGCUGGCACUCGUCUGCAGCCUAUCGAAGGCCAAGACUCCGUGGAGGACUAUGAGAUGGGCUAUCUGUAUCAAAUAAGAUGCUUCGCUGCCGGUCACAAGUCACCGAGGCUGGCGAGCAACCCUUUGUUGUGGAUCUGGCAGACCGCGAUGCUCACCGACGAUUUCUACGUGUCGAGGACGGGCAUGGACGCAGCGACGUACGUGCGCUGGAUCAGGGGAUGCUGGUACAUCAUUCUUCUGCAUCUCGUCACAGUCUUUGUCAUCCUCAUGCCUCUGCACCUGCACUAUGCGCCUCCAACCAUCUCACAAGGUUCGAUGGCGCGUGCCUCGCUCUCCUCGCUCGUACUCUCGCCAACGGGCAUCAACUAUCUCUGGGUUCACACGGUGCUCAUGUGGUGGGUCUCAUUGACCUGGAUGGUCAUGCUCAUCUGGCUAUCGAUGGGCGUCAUCCGCCAUCGCCGCAAGACACUCGAUCAGCUCGCCCUCGACCUCGCAGAUCCCACCGGCGAUCAAGACUAUCCUGAGCGAUCGUCAAAGGGAGCCUGGAAAUAUCGCACUGUCGUCGUCUCCAAUCUGCCCGCAGAGAUCAGGCAGUCCGAGAGAACAGUGGCAGACUACUUUGAGACCUCAAUCUCUCGACUUGUCGAGCGCAAAGGUUCGAAAACCCGGCCCGAAUCAAGCGCGCCCUCGACGCAGCCAAAUUCGGUGAGAGGAUCGAAGCGCUUCUCACGCCAGACAGCAGCUCUCGGACAGUCCAUUUCGCGAUUACGCACCCAUUCGCGCAACAACAGCAAGGCUGCGCUGAGCGAUGAGACGACGCCGCAGCUAUCGCCAACGACCGAAGAAGGCUCGACUUUACCCGAACGGCAGUUUGUGACCAGGGUCGUGCUCGUUCGCCGCACUGCCGAGCUGCUUGAUCUGUGCAAUAGACGCGAAGAGACGCUACACUUGCUCGAAGCUGCCCAUCUCAAACUUGUCCGUAACAUCAUGGACGAUGUUGCUCUUCAAUCCACCCUGCGCAGAGCCAGCAAGAUCGCAUCCGAGCCAUUUCCCACCAGUUCGGCUACAGAACUCAAGCAGCAAUCCUCUCGCGAUAGUGCGCCGACAAGCACUGCUCUCGCCUCGUCAGAAUCUCUCGUCGAUCUCGAAGCGAACGAGAAGGCCGAGCGCGAGCGUCUCGUUGACUUGCUUUACCCGUUCCUACCUGCAUAUGAGCGCGAUGCCUUCGGUCCGGUCGAAUCCGUGCACGCGACAAUCUAUGAUGCCCUGCACACGGUAUCGGCCCGCCUGCUCGAUCGCUAUCAGCCCACUAUGAAAUUGAAGCUAUUCAAGAAUGCCGAGGUGGCUUCGAUCGACUAUCUCUUGACGAAGCUCAACUUACUCUCCGGACUCAUAGAGAAGCAUCGUGCAACGCCUGAGAAAUUUCAGACGUCUUCGCUUGCCUUUGUCACUUUUAGCGAGCCCAAAUAUGCGCGCCUCGCUAAACGCAAGCUCGGCUUUCAUCUGACCAAAAGGAUGACCUGCCGCGUCGAGGAUGCACCUCAUUUCCGUGAUCUGCAGUGGGACCGCGUCGUUCGGGCGUCGUUCUCCCAGGAGGUCCUGCGCACGACAGUCAUCACAAUCUUGUUCUGGAUCUUCACGAUUAUAUAUAUCUUGCCAGUCUCUGCAAUCGUGGCGCUCGUCUCUGUCGAGUUUCUGUCACAGCAUUUUGCGGGCCUGAACGAUUUUUUCCUGCAUCACUCCAUCGCAAAAUCGCUCGUCUCUUCUUUCGUGCCUACCAUUCUCGUUGCAGCUCUUUCUAUCUCGAUACCCCCGUUGAUCAUGCUUAUCUCGAUCAAGAGCGCUGUCUUGACAAUGUCGCGCCAGCACAAGCUCCAGAUGGCGCGCUACUGGAAAUGGCUCGUGACAAACCUUCUGGUCUUCUUUUGCAUCGGUACGACGGCAAUCACCGCGCUUGUCAAUGUCUUUACGACUCCGCUGAGCGUCUUAGAGCUCAUUUCAUCAUCCUUCCCGCAAGCUGCGGUCUUUUAUACCGGCUGGGCUAUCCUAGUCACCGCCGUGCAUCAAUUCAUCGAGUUGGCCAUGUUCGGGCUACCUAUGAUCCUGCAUAGCGGCCUGAGGAAGGCACAGACACCUCGCAAGCGUCUAGAAAAGUCGCUACCCCGUUCCUUCAAUUAUUCCUACUUUGCCCCCUUGUCACUACUCGUCAUGACAGUCUUCUUCGUCUUUUGCUUGCUCAAUCCACUGGUCAUUGCUUUCAUUUUCGUCUACUUCUCCGUCACUUGCAUAGUCGUCAAAAAUCAGCUCUGUCACGUGUAUUGGCGGCGAUAUUACGAGGGACAGGGCCGCGUCGUACUAAAACGGGUGCUUCGAUAUUCCUGUGACGGCCUCUUUCUUGCUCAAUUCGUCCUCAUGGCCUUUUUCUGGACACUGAAGAAAGGUAGACUUGGCGGCGCAAUCAUUCCCUUGCUCGUCAUCACAGUCGUUUUUAAGCUUGUCUGGACGCGCGUCGUCGAUCUUGCGCAUUAUCGCCUCAUCAAGGAGGAAGCCGCUCUCCGACACACUCAACAAGUGCAGACUGUCAAGCCAGACGAAGACGAGGAUGAAGGAGAAUCCGGCGACGAAAGCCCUCACGAUGCUGACCAAGCGACCGCCGAUACGCACAGCGAGAUCCGCAAAAUAUCUCGUCCGGGCUACUGGCAUAGAUGCGCUGCCUACCCGAAGCAGCUCAUCGAACGUACCGCUCGCGCAAUCUACACGCAGCUCAAGUCUCGUGCUGCACGCCUUCGCAGCGCACGGCCGACGCAUGCUGACGUGACACGCCAUGCCGAUGACUUGGUGGCCGCAGACGGGAAGAGGAAUCUUCCGGAGCCAGCCAAAUUGAGCGAACUGGUCUCGCUACAUCCCAAGCUGCUCAGGGACGACAGGCCUCGCUUUGCGACCGAAUAUGAAGACCCCUGUUUACAUACGCCACUUUCGUAUGCACUCUGGCUGCCUCGCGAUCCGCUUGGACUGCUGCAUCUCGACAACACGGUGAUAUAUCAUGGCAACGCGUUCGUAUCGAGCGAAGGCGGCACGGGCGAGCUGCGUGCUGACGAGCCAGCUGCAGACGAGGGGAAACUCGCCGAUGCAGUCAUCCUCAGUGAAAAGGCAACACUAGAUAAGGCCAUAGGUCUGAUCAACCUUGACGGUACCGAGCAAGUUGUUGUCCCGCUAGAUCUGCCAACACAUCAGCAAGAUGACAGUAAGCGGCAGUCUUCGAUUUCGGCUACUUUGUGGCGCUCCAUUUCUUCGUCGUCUCUGGGUCGCCGACCCGGUCAGACUGUAGCUCAGCCAGCGCAGCCUGACGCUCCUGCUCACGGUGCGAAUGACAACGGCGCGUCUCGCAGCGUCUCGCAGAGCGUUGCAUUGCGUCGCGAAGUCUUGCAAGAGAUUGCAGAUGCGGCAGCGAGCAUACGGAUCAAGACAGAGCAUCAGCAGCGCAAGGCUAGCUCAAGCAGCUGGCACCGACUCCUGCAUUCGAACGCAGAUCCCGACUCGGCACCGGACGCGCUCACCUAG